AUGUCUCUCGCGCGCGCGGACGUCGGCGCGCGUCGCGCGGCGACGACGGGGACGGUGGACGCGCGGGACGGGCGACCGGGACGGGCGCGCGGACGAUGGGUGAGCGCGCGCGCGGGGAGGGGGGGGCGGAUGCCGCCCGCGCGGGCGGUGCGAACGCCGAUGAAACCGGUGGAGGAAGUGGCGGGUGAUGCUUCGGGCGUGGGUGGAGGGCUGUCGCAGCAGACGCCGUUUGAGCGACAGUAUAAGGAUUACGCGACGGGAUACGCCUCCGUCCCGGGAUUGGCGUACGAAAACAUGGGCUGGGUCACCGACGUUGAGGGUGAGAUCCCGAAGGAGAUGGAGGGGACGCUGCUGCGGAAUGGGCCGGCGAUGUACGAGCGAGGUGGGUUCGUGAAGAGUUAUCUGGACGGCGACGGCAUGGUUACGUCCAUCGCCGUCAAGGAUGGCAAGGCGUACUUCCGGAACAAGUUCGUGCGAACGGAACACUUCGACCAAGAGGAAGAGCAAGACAAAUAUAUCAUGCCGAGUAUCUUCACCGCGUCGGAUCCGAGACCGUUCCCGUUCUUCAGCCGCUUGUUCGGCGAUAUCAUCGGCGGCGAUCUCAGGCGUAAGCAGAACGGCGCGUACAACGUGCUCAACUGGGGCGAUUCUCUCGUCGCGGUCGAUUACAAGAAACCGUACGCGUUGAACCCGGACACGCUGGAGACUAUCGGUCACGGGGCGUGCGAUUUGUCCUCCGCCAUGCACACGUCUCACUACCGCACGGUUACCGAGCCGGAUGGAAGUAGACGUUGCGUCGCGUUCUUGAACGAGGUUGACUGGCGCACGGAGACGACGCACGCGGUAUUCUACGAAUUCGAUGAAAACGGGAAGGAAGUGUCUCGUCGUGCCUACGAUUAUCCUUCCUCGUACGUGCACGACCUGAUCGUCACGGAGAAUUAUUACAUCUUGUUUGACUGCCCGGUGAAGAUUGACUUUCCGGCGGUGUUCACCAAGUACAUCUUCGAAAAGUCGUGUCUCUCGGAGCUUAUUUGCGAGGACACGUCUCGUCGUCCAUUGUUUCGCAUCUUCCCGCGACGCGGAGACUCCAGGGAUGUCAAGACGGCGCCGGCGGACUACUGGUGCUACGCGUACCACCACGUCAACGGUUUCGAGGAUAAGGAUGGCAACGUUGUCUUUGACACGUGCACUUGGGACAAGUUCACCCUAUACUUCACGGAUAUUUGCAACCCAAACGGCGUUGAUAACUAUCCACGCAUGAAGCUAAGCCGUUUUAUUAUCGACAUGGACAAGCUCGAGGCGAAGCACUACUUGUUGAGCGACACCCCUUGCGAGCUGCCGAUCACGAGCUGGGAUUACACCGGUCUCCCGUACGAGCACAUGUACCUGAGCACGUCCGUCGGUCGCACCGAGGACGGCGUCAACGGCCCAAUGCAGGCUCUCAGCAAGGCAUCUCUCAAGAUUGAUGAGCAAAAGCUGUACUACGAAGAACAAUGGGUUCCAGGUGAUAGAAAGUUUGCCAUGGAGCCCUUCUUCGUCCCGCGUAAGGGUGGCACUGACGAAGAUGAUGGCUGGGUCGUCGCCCUCGUACACGACGCCGCCGCGGAGAAGAGUAACUUCGACGGACGCGGUACGGAGAUGGUUAUCAUCGAUGCGAAGAAGUUCUCGGAAGGCCCGGUCGCUCGACUUCGGUUGCCCUCGUACGUGCCGUUCGGCGUGCACGGUUCUUGGAGCCCGAAGUACGUCGCGGGCCCUCCAAAGGAAGAUGAACUUAAGAGAUUGCAGGAGAUGCGCAGCAAGAAUGACGGAAAGCCCAUCAGUCUUGGCGCUAGCGCAGCUGAACCGGUAAUCCACGCGACACCGUCGCCGCAAGCGAUCGGCGUCGGCGUCGCGUCUCUCUUAAUGGGCAUCACCGCCCUCUCCAGCAUUCUCGGCUGA